AUGGGACCAGAAGAAGCAAGACGGGCUUAUGAACAAAGCUUUCCCCACGGCCACGAGUUGAUCGAAACAUCUGGCGAAAACCUGCUGUGUGGGGUGAGGGCCGUGAGCCUGAGCUUCCAAAAUCAAAUUUCUCAAACUCAAACACCCACCCCCGGACAAUUGAUGGAUCUGCUGGAAAACGAAGAAAUCCGGAUGUUUGAACAAGAAACUGGAGCCCUUGCCAGAGACAACCAAAACAAUUUCUUCAUUGAUCAGCUGGGGGCUGCCUUACACCUGUGGGGACAACAACAAGAGUCGGUCAUGCAUAUUCAGCUGGGAUAUGUUCUGAGUAAUGGCGCAACCUACCUUGUACCAACACCAGAACAUCCGGAAAAUGUCGUGAUUUGGAUUCACAGCUCAAUGGUGGAAGGUGAGAAUGAGAACACGCUCCAACAUUACUCUGGCAUGAGACCAAGGCAGGCAAACGAAAGGGUGGCCCGGGAAGAUCAAGAUGACCAGACUGGUGCAGCGGAAAAUAGCACAUCCUCAAGCGACGACGAACCAACUCGAAAAAGAAUGAGACAAAACAGACGAGUCGAUAUCGACAUUCUCGAUUUCGCUGAAGCAGACUCGAUGAGGACAAGGACUGCGGUCAAUGCAUUUGUUGCCAUGGCCAUGGUGGCACCAGACAUGGACGAUGUCGAACCAACAAACUAUGGUCAAGCGAUGAAAACUAGCGAAGCUCCAAUGUGGCAAGAAGCUGUUGACAAUGAACUACAAAGUCUAAUCCAAAACGAGACGUACGAGGUAAUAGGCCAAAAGGAUCUACCCAAAGGUAAGAAGACUAUCACAGGCCGAUGGGUAUUCAAAAGAAAGGUCCUAUACGACAACGAAAAAAGGCAAUACUUCAACAAGUACAAAGCAAGGCUGGUAGCCAAAGGCUUCCAACAACAGGAGGGAAUAGACUAUGAAGAAAUCUUUGCAACUGUUGUCAAAUCUUCUUCCUACAAAGUUCUGCUUGCGAUUGCAGCGAAGCUGGGUCUGACGGUUUACCUGAUGGAUGUGAAGACAGCCUUCCUACACGGUACACUUGACGUUGAAGUAUAUAUGAAACCUCCCCCUGGGAUGAACAUUAAAAAGGGGAAAAUCCUGAGGCUGAAAAAGGCCCUGUAUGGGCUGAAACAGGCACCAAGACUCUGGUAUAUUCGCCUGACAGAACAUCUCUUCAAGCUUGGAUUCCGAAUCUCGAAUUUUGACCCAUGCGUUUUUGUUCAUCAAAAGGAACUUCUCAUUGUUGCCGUCUGGGUCGAUGAUCUGCUGAUUCUGGCAAAAGAGGAAGAAACAGCACAAGUUUUCCGGCAAGAAAUGUCAAAGGAAUUUGACAUGAAGGAUGAAGGCGUGUGCACAUACUACCUGGGAAUGAAUAUUGAACAAUCGAGGGACGGAAUUCACAUUAACCAACGACGGUAUGCUGAACAAGUACUCAAACGCUUUGGACUUGAAGAAAUUACACCUGCAAAGACACCAAUGGCGGCCAACACAAUACUCAGACGCGAACGAGACCAUGUUGCAGCAGCAGACUUAAAAAACAGAUACCAAUCGAUGGUGGGAUCUCUGAUGUGGCUGUCAAACAUGACUCGUCCAGAAAUGGCAUAUGCAACAAACUAUUGCGCAAGGUUUACAGCCAAUCCAAACCAACAACAUAUGGAUGCAACACUGCACGUUAUGGCAUAUUUGGCGGAAACACUUGACAGUGGAUUGUUCUACCCACGAGGCACAAAUGUGAACAUUGUUGGAUACUCAGACGCAGACUUCGCUGGUUGCCAAGACACACGACGAUCGACAUCCGGCUACAUUUUCCUUUUGGGGGGAUGUCCCGUCUCAUGGACCUCUCAGAGGCAGAAGUCGAUGGCAACAGCCACAAUGGACGCUGAAUAUAUGGCAGCUUCUGAUGCAUGCAAGGAAGCAGUGUGGAUGCGACAAUUCGUAAACGACUUGAGGGUGUUACCCUUCAUUGAUCACAUCCCACUAUACAUUGACAACAACGCUGCUCUUAAGCUGACCAAAAAUCCAGUGCUACACAAGAAAGCCAAGCACAUUGACGUCCGCUUUCACUACAUACGUGAAAGAGUAAUGAAAAAAGGUGACGUGAAAACCCGACGGGUAAACACACACGAGAAUGUGGCAGACAUUCUCACCAAGGCACUACCGAGAUUGAAACACGAAGGAUUCAUGGAAAAGCUGGGAAUGGAGGCCUGGAUCAACAAGAAAAAGAACACUGGCAAGGGAAACUGA